UGUGCACAGAUGCUACAGCUGAUGGGAGUGCAGGGGCACGGAGGUGCGGGAGGAGACACAGAGGUGCCGGAGGGGAGAGCAGCAGUUCGUUAGCGCCAAGUGACCCAAGGCCCUCACCGGCGGAAGAGCAGCAGAAAGGGGCAGUGGCAGCAGCUCCCCCCUCCCCUCCCUUCCCGCCGACUCCGGGGCUCUGCCGGGGCGGCCGCACCGCGGCAGCGCUUCCGCCGGCACAAAGCGCCGGGCGAUGGCUCCCGGCCAGGCCGUGGCCGUGGGGGCUGCGGGGCCCCGCUGAGCGCUGCUCCCGGCACGGGGGUGCCCUGCGAGCGGAGAUAUUGGCAGCGCCGAUCGCCCCGGGCGCAGAGCGGCCCCGUCUCUCUUUCAGACCUUUGUCUGGAUGGGAAGAUAAAGGAUGGAGGAGCAGUGGUGGAAAGGGGAGCUGGCAGCAGACAUCCAUCAGACCUUGAGGACGAAGGAACUUAAGUUGCCUGCUUAUAAGGCUCACUCACCGCAGAUUGGGAUGCGCAGAUACUUCAUUGAUCUCUUGACUGUCCUCAGCAACCAUUGCAGUCUCUGCCCUACAGCUCGGCAUCUUGCCAUCUAUUUGUUGGACCUCUUUAUGGAUCGCUAUGAUAUCACUGUCAAGCAACUGCACAUCAUUUCAUUUGCCUGUUUUCUCCUAGCAAGUAAAUUUGAAGAAAAAGAAGAUAAAGUUCCAAAGCUGGAGUACUUAAAUAACCUGGCAUACAUGUACAACAUGAAUGUGGUAUUGAACAAGAAAGAUUUGCUUAGAAUGGAGAUGCUGCUUUUAGAAAACUUCAACUGGAAUCUGUGUCUACCAACACCAGCACACUAUAUUGACUACUACCUCUAUGUGUCCAUUGGUGAGAAUGACCUUCACAAUGGCUGGCCCAUCACUUCACUGACCAAAAUCAAGGAUUUUCUGCAGAAAUAUGCAUAUUAUUUCCUUGAUUUCUCAGUGCAAGAUCAUACCUUUCUCCAUUUUCGUCCAUCUCUGAUUGCUGCAGCUUGUGUGUGUGCCUCACGUAUGUGUAUGCAGAUUUCUCCUGUCUGGACAACACAGCUGGAAUUGCUAACGUGUUAUUCCUGGGAACAUCUUGCCCAAUGCAUUGAAAUGAUGCUCAUAUAUUAUGAGAAUGACAUCAAAGAAGCCAGUAACAUAAAAAAGCAAGCAACAAUUCAACAUCAAGAACAGGAAGCAGUGGGAAAUCUGAGCCAUCAAGUCACUACUCAAGUGCUCUUCCAGCAAUCCACUUAUCACCCUUUAGCCCAGCAUUCAGCUACGCUUUCCCAGUUCCAGUCACCAGUGCAAGAUUUGUGCUCUGCAUACCGUGACUCCUUACAGGCCCACAGGCACAGUGGUCUCCUUGCUGGGAGUGCUGACAGCUCAGUGCACUCCUGUGCAGCAAUUCAGGCCAGCCUUCGGCCACCUGCCCAGACACUGCCCAUCCAAAUGCCCAUUGCUGUACAGGUGGCAUUAGGAACAGAGGCCAGACAUUGCAUUUCCACACCUUAUGGCAGCAGUUUCUUCAGUGGUCAUCACUCAUAUGCAGCUGGAUGUUUAGAUGGAUAAAUGUUGACAGGAGAAAAACUACCUGAAGGGAGGUUGGAGCGAGGAGGAGGCUAGCCUCUUCUCCUUGACAACACGCGACAGAACUAGAGGAAAUGGUUACAAGCUGUGCCAGGGGAGGUUUAGGUUGGAUACUAAGAAAUCCUCUUUCAUCAAAAGGAUUCUCAGACAUUGGAAUGGUCUGCCCAGGGCAGUGGUGGAGUCACCAUCCCUGGGGGCCUUCAAGUGGCAAGGGGACCUGGCGCUUAGGGACAUGAUUUAGUGUUGACCCUCCAGUGCUGCAUCAAAGGUUGGACUGGAUGAUCUUGAAGGUCUGUUCCAACCAGAUCUAUUCUGUGAAAUUGAAGAAGAGACUCUGCACAUGAUACAAUGUGUGUAUCCGAAUGAAAAUCACAAAGGAGCAGGAUCCUCAUGACUGCCUCAUUCAGAGGAGGUUGAUCUGUAUCCACUGAUCCCUGGAACCUGGGUGCCUUCCUGCCAAAGGCUGUGCCUUUGACUCUUAAUGAGAGAAAUAGAAAUUUAUGAAUAUACCUCACUUAAUGUCACUUUGAGAGGCAUCUGCAUAGAAACUCUGUGGAGAUUACUGCCUGUUAGUCCUAUGAGUGACUUGUCAGAGAUGGCUGAAAGACUCUGUUGAAGAGUAAUUUCAGGUUGGAGCAGUUCUUGAAUCUCUGGCCAAGUAGCAAUGUACCUAGGGGAUGCUGCUGGAAAAAAGAGUGCUCUUCUCUCCAGGGAUGUGUCACUGGAACAGCAGCAGUUUAUACUACUGGAAGCCUCUACUGAAAUACACUGAACUUGGUGCCUACUAAAUGUGAGCUUCAUUAACUUGGAAAUCUAUGUGUAGAACACUUCCCAUUUUCGGGGGGCAGGACUUUAGAAUAAAAGUUAAAAACAAACACCACAGGCCAGAAGACUAUCAAUUCAUUUUGGGCUUGAAGUUCUCUUGGAAUUUAAACGUGGUGCUGCUCAAGAGAACAUCACUCUACAUUCAAGUAUUGUAGAAAGAGAAACGAAACUUUAACCAACUCUUAGAUCUUUGAUGAGCUGCUGCUUUUGAGACUGGAGAUUAUUGUUAGUUAAAUUGUUCAUAAGCUUUGUCAGGGAUGUCAUGUUACUUGAAGAAAAUGUCUUGGUUCAUUGCCUUCAGUUAGUUAAUCUUUUUUGGCAGAAUGACUUGUGGCAGUAGUUCAGGUUCAGGGCAGAGGAACUGUUGUUAAUGGGAGCAAAGAUAGGGAACUGGUUAACUAUACUGUGAAAUUGAUUGCCAAUUUAGUUUUUAGAAGAAGAGAAGACUCCAGGGGAGCCUUAUAGCUGCCAUCUAGUACCUGAAAGGAUCCUACAGGAAGGCUGGAGAGGGACUUUUCUUCUGGGUGUCUAGUGACAAGAUAAAGGGGAAUGGUUUGAAGCUGAGGGACAGUAGUUUCAGACUGGAUCUUAGGAAGAAGUUCUUCAGUACAAGGGUGGUGAGACUGCAAUAGACUGCCCAGGGAGGUUGUGAAUGCCUCCUCCCUGAGGGUGUUCAGUGCCAGGCUGGGUGAGACCUUUAGCAGCCAAGUUAAGUGGAGAGGUGUUCCUGCCCAUGGCGGGGAGGUUGGAGUAGAUGAUCUCUAAAGGUCCCUUCCAACCUAAGCCAUUCUGUGAUCAUCUUAUCAUGAUUACAUUGGAAAACAUAGCUGGGAAAUUGAUGAUCCUGUUGCUUCUUUGCAGUGAGACACACACCUACUGUCUCAUAUCCAAAGGUUUCUUCCUCAACUGAAACCAGGGAUGAUCAAAAAAACCCACACUGUACAGACUUUGUUUUUAUGUUAAUGUAAGGAUUCACUAGAAAUGGACUUCUGCAGAUGUGAAACUUUAUUCUGAUAUAUGCAACCACUCUUGUCAACUUGUUUGAAGGCAGUGUUCUCGGUUUGUCUUUUCUCUCAGGUUCUCAGGAUAGCAAUAUGAGUAAUGUGCAAUAUGCUUUUUUUACUGACUUUGGGGCAUUUCAAGUCAUGUGUUACAGUGCUGGUUUAAAUUAUAUUUUUAGAAAACUGUUUUCAGGGUUUUUUUUGGGGUGGAGGGGAAAAAAAAAACUAACCAGCAUGCUAAUGCGUGUUUCUGUAACUGUUUUCUGAGAAUACAACUUAUACUAUCAAGUGGAUAAUUUCUUCCAUUCUGCAAGAUAAUGGAAUUUUCUUGUAUUUUUUUUUAAAUGCAAAAUGUAAAUGAAGAGAAUCCUCUUCAGAAAUUAGUCUAGAAAUUGGAAGAGUUCAGUUCAUCUUUCAUUCUGUUGGCUUUGUAUUUAUAUUAAACUUUAUUUUCAGAAGGCUUUAGUGUAUCUGUUGGGGUUUUUUUUUGUC